AUGGCCGAGCUGCCGGGGUCGGAGACGCCGGGGGACCCCACGCUGAGCAGCGGGCGCUUCACCAUCAGCACGCUGCUGGGGAGCGACGAGUCGCCGCCGCCGCCGCCAGCUGCCUACGACAGCACCCACCCCAGCCACCUGACCCAGGGCAGCACCCUGUACAUGCGCACCUUCGGCUACAACACCAUCGACGUGGUGCCGGCCUACGAGCACUAUGCCAACAGCGCCCUGCCCGGCCAGCCCCGCAAGGCCCGGCCCACGCUGGCCGACCUGCACUCCUUCCUCAAGCAGGAAGGCAGCCACCUGCACGCCCUGGCCUUCGACAGCCGGCCCGGCCACGAGAUGACGGACGGGCUGGUGGAGGAGGAAGCGGGCGCCGCCGGCGGCGAGAAGAGCCGGGAGGAGCCCGUGCGCUUCGGCUGGGUCAAGGGGGUGAUGAUCCGCUGCAUGCUCAACAUCUGGGGUGUGAUCCUCUACCUGCGGCUCCCGUGGAUCACGGCGCAGGCGGGCAUCGUCCUGACCUGGAUCAUCAUCCUGCUGUCGGUCAUGGUGACCUCCAUCACCGGCCUCUCCAUCUCGGCCAUCUCCACCAACGGCAAGGUCAAGGCAGGCGGCACCUACUUCCUCAUCUCCCGGAGCCUGGGCCCGGAGCUCGGCGGCUCCAUCGGCCUCAUUUUCGCCUUCGCCAACGCGGUGGGGGUGGCCAUGCACACGGUGGGCUUCGCCGAGACCGUGCGGGACCUGAUCCAGGAGUACGGCUCGCCCAUCGUGGACCCCGUCAACGACAUCAGGAUCAUCGGCGUGGUCACCGUCACCGUGCUGCUGGCCAUCUCCCUGGCCGGCAUGGAGUGGGAGUCCAAGGCCCAGGUGCUCUUCUUCAUGGUCAUCAUGGUCUCCUUCGCCAACUACCUGGUGGGGACCCUGAUCCCCCCGUCCGAGGACAAGGCCUCCAGGGGCUUCUUCAGCUACCGGGGGGACAUCUUCGUCCAGAACUUGGUGCCCGACUGGCGGGGCCCGGAUGGCAGCUUCUUCGGGAUGUUCUCCAUCUUCUUCCCCUCGGCCACCGGCAUCCUGGCGGGGGCCAACAUCUCCGGGGACCUCAAGGACCCUGCCAUCGCCAUUCCCAAGGGGACACUCAUGGCCAUUUUCUGGACCACCAUCUCCUACCUGGCCAUCUCGGCCACCAUCGGCUCCUGCGUGGUCCGUGAUGCCUCCGGGAGCCUGAACGACACGGUGACCCCGGGCCUGGGCGGCUGCGAGGGGCUGGCCUGCGGCUACGGCUGGAACUUCACCGAGUGCGCCCAGCAGCAGAGCUGCCACUACGGCCUCAUCAACUACUACCAGACGAUGAGCAUGGUCUCCGGCUUCGCACCCCUGAUCACGGCCGGCAUCUUCGGGGCCACCCUGUCCUCCGCCCUGGCCUGCCUCGUCUCGGCUGCCAAGGUCUUCCAGUGCCUGUGCGAGGACCAGCUGUACCCCCUGAUCGGCUUCUUCGGCAAGGGCUACGGCAAGAACAAGGAGCCGGUCCGCGGCUACCUGCUGGCCUACGCCAUCGCCGUGGCCUUCAUCAUCAUCGCCGAGCUCAACACCAUCGCCCCCAUCAUCUCCAACUUCUUCCUGUGCUCCUACGCCCUCAUCAACUUCAGCUGCUUCCACGCCUCCAUCACCAACUCGCCCGGGUGGCGGCCCUCCUUCCGGUACUACAGCAAGUGGGCGGCGCUGUUCGGGGCGGUCAUCUCCGUGGUCAUCAUGUUCCUGCUCACCUGGUGGGCGGCCCUCAUCGCCAUCGGUGUGGUCCUCUUCCUGCUGCUCUACGUCAUCUACAAGAAGCCAGAGGUGAACUGGGGCUCCUCCGUGCAGGCCGGCUCCUACAACAUGGCCCUGAGCUACUCCGUGGGCCUCAACGAGGUGGAGGAGCACAUCAAGAACUACCGCCCCCAGUGCCUGGUGCUCACCGGGCCCCCCAACUUCCGCCCGGCCCUGGUGGACUUCGUGGGCACCUUCACGCGGAACCUCAGCCUGAUGGUGUGCGGCCACGUGCUCAUCGGACCCCGCAAACAGAGGAUGCCCGAGCUCCGGGCCAUCGCCAACGGGCACACCAAGUGGCUGAACAAGAGGAGGAUCAAGGCCUUCUACUCGGACGUCAUCGCUGAGGACCUGCGCAGCGGGGUGCAGGUCCUCAUGCAGGCCGUGGGUCUGGGGAGGAUGAAGCCCAACAUCCUGGUAGUCGGGUUCAAGACCAACUGGCAGUCGGCUCACCCGGCCGCGGUGGAUGACUACAUUGGCAUUCUGCACGACGCCUUUGACUUCAACUACGGCGUGUGCGUCCUGAGGAUGCGCGAGGGGCUCAACAUCUCGGAGGUGAUGCAGGCCCACAUUAACCCCGUGUUCGACCCGGCCGAGGACGGCAAGGAAGCCAGCGCCGUGGACCCCGAGGCCCUGGUGCGGGAGGAGCAGGCCAGCACCAUCUUCCAGUCGGAGCAGGGCAAGAAGACCAUCGACAUCUACUGGCUGUUCGAUGACGGAGGCCUCACCCUCCUCAUCCCCUACCUCCUGGGCCGCAAGAAGAGAUGGAGCAAAUGCAGGAUCCGAGUGUUCGUGGGCGGCCAGAUCAACAGGAUGGACCAGGAGAGGAAGGCGAUCAUUUCUCUUCUGAGCAAGUUCCGACUGGGAUUCCAGGAAGUUCACAUCCUCCCGGACAUCAACCAGAAGCCGCGGGCUGAGCACACCAAGCGCUUCGAGGACAUGGUGGCGCCCUUCCGCCUCAACGACGGCUUCAAGGACGAGGCCACAGUGGCCGAGCUGCGGCGGGACUGCCCCUGGAAGAUCUCGGACGAGGAGAUGAACAAGAACCGGGUCAAGUCCCUGCGGCAGGUGCGGCUGAACGAGAUCCUGCUGGAUUACUCCCGGGACGCCGCGCUGGUGGUCAUCACCUUGCCCAUCGGGAGGAAGGGGAAGUGCCCGAGCUCGCUGUACAUGGCCUGGCUGGAGACGCUGUCCCAGGACCUCCGCCCGCCCGUCAUCCUCAUCCGAGGCAACCAGGAGAACGUGCUCACCUUCUACUGCCAGUGA